AAUGAACGUUUGCAGUUCGCGAUAUUGUCAAUAUAACUUAAGUAUAGGUUAGAUGGUUUCAAUCCCUAAAAAUAGGAUUUACUGCCCAUUUUGCAAAACUACAUAUUAUUGUUCAUAGAAAUGCAGAGAUAUCGACUGGUAUUGAUAGGAAUAAAUUUGUUUAGGACUUCUGGACAUAAGUCUUAAUGCAUACCUGAGAAAAUGAUUAAUUCUCAAGAGAUAUCCAAUAGCGAUAAUGUUUCAACAUUAAGAUAGAUGAAGAGAACUUCAGAUGAAUUUGAGUUAAUUUACGAUUAUCCAUAAUUAGGAAAAGGAAGCUUUGGAUCAGUUAAAUUAGUGAAAGACAAAACCAACGAAUAAUUGUAUGCAAUGAAGAUUGUACAUAUUAAACUUAAAAAAUAAAGAUAACAAAAAAAGAUAUCUUUGAGUAUUGCUCUAUUGAAAACUUAAAAAGAGAGAUAAGAAUUCAACGUAAACUAUAUCAUCCAAACAUCACAUAACUUUAUCAUUAUUUUGAAGAUAAAGAUCGUGUUUAUUUGAUAUUAGAGUAUGCAGAACAUGGUUCUUUGUUUUAAUAUUUAAGAAGAAGAGGAAAACUUACAGAAGAUGAAGCUAUGAAAUUUUUUAAGUAAACUUGUUUAGGUAUUCAAUAUUUACAUCAAUAAGAUAUAAUACAUAGAGAUUUAAAAGUAUUUUUUAUCAUUAUUAUUAUAAAGCCUGAAAAUAUUUUAUUAGAUGUAUCAGACAAUGUAAAAAUCUGUGAUUUUGGUUGGUCUGCUGAAAAUCUAGGAUCAGUUAAAAGAAAUACUUUUUGUGGAACUAUAGAUUAUAUGGCUCCAGAAAUGAUUGAAGAUAAACCUCAUGAUUAGACUCUUGAUAUAUGGUGUUUAGGUAUUUUAUUAUAUGAACUUUUACAUGGAUAUGCACCUUUUGAUGGUAAAAAUGAUAUAGAAAAAUGUUAGAAUAUUGUUAAAGUCCAUUAUAAAAUGGAUGGUUCAUUAACUAAGGAAGCAAAACAUUUAAUUUAAAACUUAAUUACUUAUAAAUAAUAAGAUAGACUUAGUCUAUCAUUGAUUUUAAAUCACAAAUGGUUUAAGUUAAAUUAACAGAAUAAUUUGAAUCCAGUAAAACAUGCACGAACAAAAACUCAUAAUGCUUAUUCAAUCCAUUCUUAACACCAAUUUAUUAACAAAUCAACUGCAUCAUCAUAAUCAUCAUUGAUAAGAUAAUAAAUAAUAACUCACGAAACUUAAAAUGAUACAUCUAUUGAAAUGAAUAUUAAGAGAUUUAGUAGAAACUCUGAUUCCCAAAGAAAAUAAAUUAGAUCAUAAACUUAAUAAUCAAUUAAUAAUGAAUCCUUUAUGCAUAAAGUUCUUGUAGCUUUAGGUUGUGUUAAAAGAGAGCAAUCUUAAAAUAAAAAUUAUUGA